UUUUUACAUUACUCUCUCUUUUUUUUUUUUAAAAAAAAAAAACAAUUAACAAAUGGGAAAAAAGAAUUCUGAAGAAUAUAGAACUGCAAAAUCACAAGGAAGUAAAGUUGCCAGUGUGAAAAGUCACGGUAAACCUCAUACCAGUUCGGCAAAAGGAUCUCGAUUCGAUAAGUAUGCCGAUGCCAGCUUCAGUGCACCUGGAGCCGAAGAAGGACAAUAAGAAGAGCAUAAAUCCAGUAUUCCCAUGCCUGUCACCAUGUGGGAUUUUAAGCAUUGUGACCCUAAGCGUUGUUCAGGUGUCAAAUUAGCUCGUACAGACAUGUUGAAAACUUUGAAAUUAUCUCAGCGUUUCCGUGGUAUUGUUGCCAGUCCCAUUGGUGAAAAGGUCGUCUCACCCGCAGAUAGAAAGAUCGUUGAAUUAUACGGCGUGGGUGUAGUGGAUUGUUCUUGGGCUCGUGUGGAUGAAGUACCCUUUUCGAAAAUUAAGGGUCCUACGGAUCGUCUUUUACCUUACUUGGUUGCUACCAAUCCUGUCAACUAUGGUAAGCCUUGGAAAUUAAACUGUGUAGAGGCUUUAGCUGCCCUCUUUUAUGUCACAGGCUUUCCAGAACACGGUGAGGCACUUUUGGGUAAAUUUAAAUGGGGACAUGCCUUCAAAAAAGUGAACGGUGGACUUUUAUCGAGAUAUGCUAAAUGUAAAGACUCGGCUGAGGUACUUGCAGUGCAAAAUGAAUACUUGGCUCAGUUAGAAGAAGAUGAACGUAUCAAGAAGGAGGAAGCAGAAGCUAGUAGAGGGAGUGAUAUUGAUAGUGAGGAUGAUGAUUUGUUAUUUAAAAAUAAUAACCGUGAUAUCGCUUUUACUGCUUUUGAUGAUGAGGACAGUGAGGAUUCUGAAGAAGACUCUGAAGAAGACUCCCAAGAAGAGAGUGAUGAAGAAGUGAAUACAAUAGUAGACAAGUUUGGAAACACUCAAAUUGUUUAGAUGGAGAGCAAAAAUAAUUUUUUUUUUCUUCUUCUUUUUAUAUAUAUAUUAAAAGGGGGAUAUUUAUAACUUGGACUUGUCACCAGCAAGUU